GGGCAGCGCUGCCUCGGCUGCGGAUCCUGCUACUCCUGCUGCCAUUGCUGAGCCUGCCGCUGCUGCUGCAGCUGCCACUGCUGGUAUUGCGACUGCUGCUUCAGCUGCAGUCCAUCUCCCGGAACAGCCAGCACCAAGUUCUCCAGGCUGUCCGCAGAAUGCUGCAGGAGCCCCAGAGGUCACCGCGCCGAGGCUGAGCGUGUGCACCGACAAAUAACAAGCCAAGCUCGCUGGGGAUUUGUAAUGCAAGCAGCCUUUCCAGGUUUCUUUUCCGCUUUGCUCUCUUCACCCUGCUGUUGGAUUUGAGAUCAUGUCGGUUAAUAUUGUAGCUUUUGGGAAUGAAAGAGAUGGUUUUUCUGAGGACAACCAGCAGCCCAGUCUGAUCUGGAGCUAUCUCGGGAGAAGUGCUCUCAUUUCCCAGAUCGACAGCAGCUUGUCUGCCAGUCACUUUGGAAACUCAGUUUUCACCGAGUAUCAAGCCUGUGUGUUUGGAAAUGUCAGACUGGUGAUACACGACUGUCCUGUCUGGGAUAUAUUUGCCAGUGACUGGUACACCUCUUGCAGACUCAUUGGAGGAGCUGAUAUUAUUGUGAUUAAAUAUUCUGUCAAUGAUAAGACUUCAUUUCAAGAACUAAAGGAAAGUUAUGUCCCAAUGGUAAAAAAAGCAUUAAACCACUGCUCAGUUCCAGUAAUAAUUUCUGCUGUUGGUGCAAGAAAAAACGGAGUGCCUUGCACCUGUCCCCUGUGCACUUCAGACAGGAGGAGCUGUGUCACAACGUCUGAGGGAGUUCAGCUUGCAAAGGAACUAGGAGCCACUUAUCUGGAACUGCACACUCUUAAUGACUUCUACAUACAGAAGUACUUUGGAGGAGUGCUGGAAUAUUUUAUGAUCCAAAGUUUGAAUCAGAAGUCAUCUGAAAAAAUGAAGAAAAGGAAAAAGAUUCAGAAGGGCCAUCGAGUCCAGCCACCUCAGCUUGAACAGCCAGAAAAAAUGCCAAUCCUGAAGGGUGAAGCCUCCCACUACAACACGGACCUGCACAAUCUGCUCUGUGGCUGCCAGUGUGCUGAUGUGGCCUUCUACCCCGAGGACCUCAGCACAGUUGUGGAGGCCCACAAGGUCAUCCUCUGCUCCGUCAGCCCCCUCUUCAUGCUGCUCUUCGGGGUGAAAAGCCCCGCUGACAUCCAUGACGCCUCCAUCGUGCAGAUGGCACAGAGUCUCUUCGCAGUGGAGGCGGGAGCUGCCUCCUCCACGGCCCCCCAUGAGGCGCCACCCUGUGUCCUGCCCGUAAGGGUGGUGGUGAAGGACUCUGUCUUCUGCUCUUCUCUCCCUGACAUCCUCCACUUCAUUUAUUCAGGUGCUUUCCAGUGGGAACGAUUAGAAGAGGAUGUAAAAAAGAAGUUGAAGGAUGCAGAAAAAACUGAACAAGUGCUUGAGAAAGUUAAAUGCAUCCUGAAAACUCCAGGGAAGCUAAACCCUGUAAAGGACUGCAGGUCUCACCAGAUAAAGCAGUUGUAUAAUACUUCCCUCAGGCUGUUCUUUAACACACCUGUCCUAGCUGAUGUCAUCUUCAAAAUACAAGGUGCAACUGUACCAGCCCACAGGGCAGUUCUGGUGGCUCGCUGUGAGGUUAUGGCAGCUAUGUUUAAUGGUAAUUAUCUAGAGGCAAAUAGUGCCCUAGUUCCAGUGUAUGGGGUUUCCAAAGACACUUUCCUCUCCUUUCUAGAGUAUCUUUAUACUGACUCCUGCUGCCCAGCCAGUAUUCUCCAGGCUAUGUCUCUGUUGAUCUGUGCAGAGAUGUACCAAGUAAUGAGACUUCAGCAUAUUUGUGAGCUCUAUAUUAUCACGCAGCUCCAGAGCAUGCCUAGCAGGGAACUGGCAUCCACCAGUCUCAGUAUUGUUAGCUUGCUAAAAAAAGCUAAGUUUCACAAUUCUGAUUGCCUUUCAACGUGGCUUCUUCAUUUUAUUGCCACUAACUACCUCAUCUUCAGUCAAAAGCCUGAAUUUCAAGAACUUUCAGUGGAGGAGCGCAAUUUCGUAGAGAUGCACCGAUGGCCUUCCAAUUUGUACCUGAAGCAGCUUGCUGAUUACAGGAACUAUAUCCACUCUCAAAAGAGCCACUGCACAGUAAUGUAAGGAGACUGAACACAUGCAAAGUGCAUCUUGACUGCGAAAUCUCGAAUACAGAAUAUAAAAACCAUGUCAGGAGUGAAACCAGGUGCUGACCUCCUCUGGAACACUCCAUGCAAUGCUGUAGUGCACUGACAGAUGUUCUCUGUUUUGCUGAUAAAUCAUUCUAAUUGUUUUCUUUAAGCAUUGAGAAACAUAUCUUGCAGAUUUAUUUCAAGAACAUACUACCUACCUGUGGGGAUUAAAUGUAGUACGGGACAGUGUCAUGACUGUCAUCUGUUCCUCAUUCUAGUUCCUUUAUUGUUUAUUUUACUGGUUUUCAUGGUUAUUUAUGGCUGCUAAACUCGAAUCUGUUGAAAAACGACUGGUUUUGUAAAUCUGUUUAUAAUAGCACAGUAGCAGUGCAGGGAAGCUGAGAAGCCAAAUUGUAAGUUCUUUAUACAUUUCAUAGUGCAAAAAUUUACUGCAGCAUUUGUUGGUUUUCAAGAUAAAAAGUAGGCUUAAUAAGCAUUUUAAUUGCUAUUAGUUUUCUAUUUCAAGGUAAGUCCGUAGUUCUCUUACAAUCCUGUGAGUAGAUACUUUAAUCCCAGAGGAAUGCCCAUGCAUCACUCUAUUCUCUAGUGGCUCCCAAACACCUAGAAAUUGGAAUAAUUUUUCUUGCCAGUAAAUAGGAGAAGAAAGCCUGUUUUAACAAUCUAGAAACACCUUUGUUAGUGUGGUCAUGUUGUAUUUUUUCCCUAUGAGGAGAAAAACCAAGGAGAACAAUAUCUGCUCAGAGUGUACCCAUAUGGUACUGAUGGACUGGGAAGAAAGGGUAGGGGUCAACAGCCUUUUUGUGAGAAAUCUCACUGGCAGAAGUAACUUUUUUGGGAAAAGUGGGUCUUGUAACCACAGGCCCCCACAGCAGCUGAUAGCACAAAUAUCAGGUGUGCUGAUCUUGGAGGAGAUAACCCUUUUGGAUAGACCAGAUAGGCAAGGAUUGUCAACUUCUGUGGUGGGACUUUGAGCUUGACCCCCCGCAUUGAGGACUCAGUUUAAGUUGAAUUAUCUUCAUAUGCUCAAAAGCUACACUGUGUGAGACAAACCUGGCUGUAGAUUCUUUAUUAUAAUAGAGAAAUCAUGAAUAUUAUGACUGGGAUGACCCUUGCAGAUGCUAUUUAUUAUUUUCUUGACCAAAAUUAUGUCAUGCUACUAACUUAGGGGUAUACAUAGUACUAAUGCCAAAAUGAACCCAGCCUUUACAUGGGUACCUACCUGAGCAUAGGGGCUUUUCUAUUAUAAAAACUUACCGAGGAACUAAAUGCUUCAUAAUCAUGCUCACACUUUCAAUUUAGCUUUUUCAUUUUGGUACGUAGUCUGAGCCUGGAAAGAUAAAGGAAAUACACUGAAAAAAAUUCCUUAGUGUUUUCUCAGUAUUCACAGCAUACCACAUUAAAUGUACCUGGAAACUGCACCUGUGAGAAGAAGGUGGCACAGCAAAUUGAUGGAGCUGAACCGUUUUUUUUUUUUACUUUAGCUGUAAGAAUUUUUUUUAUAUUUCAAUACAGUUUUAUAGGUGAAUUGUUCUUUUCAAAUUCCAUGAUAGAGUCAUAGAGAUGUUUUUUUUCUGAUAAUAUGUUGCAGAGCUUGAGAGGGUACUUCCUUUGUUAUUUUUAUAUACAUACACACACAAAAAAACCACUUGUAACUCAGCUGGCUACUGCAGGCUCAAAAUUCUGAGGUUACUUUUAUGCAAGAAUGAUAAUUUUAAUUUUUUUCUUAAAACUUUACAUCUGAAGAUCCUAAAAUUCUUUAAAAGUUGAGAUAUGCUUAUCUAUGCCUUGCAUAUAAGGAGUCUGAAAGAUAAAGAACUGCACUGCCUUUUCAAGAUCACUAAACAGAACUGAAAGGAAAAAAAUAAGUAGGAAAGUUACAUGUAUGGAACUUAAAUGUG